CGGCGGGCGUUCACGCCCUCUGCUCGGCUGGGCCGGGAGGGUCCUCGGACUCGGUGCGCGCCGGGCCGGGCGGGCUGAGGCGCGCGGGUCGGACGCGGCGCCAUGCACGGCCCCCCUGCUUGGCCGCUGCGGCUGCUCCUGUGGCGAAGCCCGGCCGCCAGCACGUGGACCCUGGGCGCCGGCGUCCCGGGGCCCCGGCCUCAGUUGACGGGCCUGUGGCCGGCGCGGCCUUGGGGCGCGAGGCCGAGGCUCCUCGGGGAUGCCGGAGCCGCGGGAGGCCCGCGCCGCUGCACGAGCGGCUGCCCGGGCGGGGGUCCCCGCGGCCCCGGAGGUGGAGCAGGCCUCGUGCGGCUCCUGGGGCUGUGGGCGCGGCCCCCCGGCGCCAGCAGGUGCCGGGCGCUUGCCGGGCCAGACGCUCCCCGGCUCCCGCGCGCCGGGCUCCGGGGCGGCCCGGCAGUCGCAGCCCGGGCAGGGGGCGAGGCCUGGCAGCGCCGGCCGUCGUUGCCUGCGGCCGCGGCUACUCCCGGAAACAAGCCGCGGCUGCGCCCGGCGGUGGCCAGGCGCUCGGAGGCCCAGAAGCUCUUGGGGCUGGCGUAUCCGGAGCGCGGGAGGCUGGCAGCCGCAGUUGGGUUUCUGGCCGUGUCCAGUGUCAUCACCAUGUCUGCCCCCUUCUUCCUGGGAAAGAUCAUCGAUGUCAUUUACACAAACCCCACCGUGGACUGCCUCUCCAAGCUGACCCGCCUCUGCCUGGUGCUCAGUGGCGUGUUCCUGUGUGGCGCUGCCGCCAACGCUGUUCGCGUCUACCUCAUGCAGACUUCAGGUCAGCGCAUUGUGAAUAGGUUGAGAACUUCGUUAUUCUCCUCUGUUCUGAGGCAAGAAGUUGCUUUCUUUGACAAGACUCGCACAGGAGAAUUGAUUAACCGCCUCUCCUCAGACACCGCACUCCUAGGGCGCUCGGUGACCGAAAACCUCUCGGAUGGGCUCCGGGCUGGGGCCCAGGCUUCUGUUGGCAUUGGCAUGAUGUUUUUUGUCUCACCAAAUCUGGCCACUUUUGUUUUGAGUGUGGUGCCUCCAAUAUCAAUCCUUGCUGUGGUUUAUGGACGUUAUCUACGGAAACUAACCAAAGUUACACAGGAUUCCCUGGCACAAGCCACUCAGCUAGCUGAGGAACGUAUUGGAAAUAUAAGAACUGUUCGAGCUUUUGGUAAAGAAAUGACUGAAAUAGAGAAAUACACCAGCAAAGUGGACCGCGUGAUGCAGUUAGCAAGGAAAGAAGCAUUUGCUCAGGCUUGCUUCUACGGAGCAACAGGGCUCUCCGGGAACCUGAUCGUGCUUUCUGUCUUGUACAAAGGAGGGCUGCUGAUGGGCAGUGCCCACAUGACCGUGGGUGAACUCUCGUCCUUCCUAAUGUAUGCUUUCUGGGUUGGAUUAAGCAUUGGAGGUCUGAGCUCUUUCUACUCGGAGCUGAUGAAAGGGCUGGGUGCCGGGGGACGCCUCUGGGAGCUCCUUGAGAGAGAGCCUGAGCUGCCUUUUAAUGAAGGGGUCAUUUUAAACAAGGAGAGCUUCCAGGGCACUUUGGAGUUUAGGAAUGUGCAUUUCGCCUAUCCAGCUCGCCCAGAGGUGCCCAUAUUCCAGGAUUUCAGCCUUUCUAUCCCAUCAGCAUCGGUCACAGCGCUGGUUGGCCCAAGUGGUUCUGGCAAAUCAACAGUGGUGUCCCUCCUGCUGAGGUUGUAUGACCCCAUGUCUGGAACUAUCAGUCUCGAUGGCCGUGAUAUCCGUCAGCUAAAUCCAGUCUGGCUGAGAUCCAAGAUUGGGACAGUGAGUCAGGAACCAAUUUUGUUUUCUUGCUCCAUUGCUGAGAACAUUGCUUAUGGUGCAGACGACCCUUCCUCGGUGACUGCCGAGCAGAUAGAGAGAGUGGCUGAUGUAGCCAACGCAGGUGCUUUCAUCCGAAACUUCCCCCAAGGAUUCAACACUGUGGUCGGAGAAAAGGGCGUUCUCCUUUCAGGUGGGCAGAAACAACGGAUUGCCAUUGCCCGUGCUCUGCUUAAGAAUCCCAAAAUUCUUCUCCUAGACGAAGCAACCAGUGCCCUAGAUGCUGAAAACGAGCACCUUGUGCAAGAAGCUCUAGACCGACUCAUGGAAGGAAGAACAGUGUUAAUUAUUGCCCACCGUCUGUCCACUAUUAAGAAUGCUAAUACGGUGGCUGUUCUUGACCAAGGAAGGAUUACAGAAUGCGGGAAACAUGAAGAACUGCUUUCAAAACCAGAUGGGACAUACAGGAAAUUAAUGAACAAGCAAAGCCUUAGUUCAGUGUAAAGGAGCAAUUACUGAUAAAGUGAACAUGAGAGGCUUUAGACAUCGUUGCAGGAAAAAUACUUAGAGAUGGUAUCUAAUCUGUAAAUCAUACUUCAGGUUAUUUAAAAUAUGCCUAUUUUUUCCAAGGUGGGUAAAAUAUCGUUUUGAGAUGUACCUGUUCUCGACCUUUUUAUUCAGAGUUUUAAUAAUUGUAACUUUCUAAAUGUCUAUAGCACUGAAGUUAUUUUCAGGUUUUUUACUUUCUUUUAUCCUGGAAUACUUUAUUUAAUAUAACAUGGCACCUCAUUUUUAUUUUUUAUGCGCUGUUACAGAUUGAAGCUGUUGUCCAAUGACAACUUUGAAAAGGGGAUUAUAAAUAAAAAGCUUAAUUAUUUUAGGUGAUUUG